CGAGCCGGGCUUGCGGGCUUCGGCGUCCAUCGGGCCCGGGUCAUGGCGGCCGCAGGGUCCGCGCCCCGGGCUGGCGCCAGGCCCAGGUUAGAUCUGCAAUUUCUCCAGCGGUUCCUGCAGAUACAGAAGGUUUUAUUUCCGGCUUGGCCGUCACAGAAUGCCUUGAUGUUCCUGACCCUUUUGUGUGUGGCCCUCCUGGAACAACUGGUAAUCUACCAGGUUGGUUUAAUCCCCAGUCAGUACUACGGGGUCCUGGGAAACAAAGACUUGGAUGGGUUUAAGACCCUGACCUUCCUGGCUGUGGUGCUCAUCGUUCUCAACUCCAUGCUGAAGAGCUUUGACCAGUUCACCUGCAACCUGCUGUACGUGAGCUGGAGGAAGGACCUCACGGAGCACCUCCACCAUCUCUACUUCCGGGGCCGCGUUUACUACACCCUCAACGUGCUGCAGGAUGACAUCGACAACCCGGACCAGCGCAUCAGCCAGGACGUGGAGCGGUUCUGCCGACAGCUCAGCAGCGUGGCCAGCAAGUUGAUCAUCUCCCCCUUCACCCUGGUCUACUACACCUAUCAGUGCUUCCGAAGCACAGGCUGGCUUGGCCCUGUGAGCAUCUUCGGGUAUUUCAUCCUGGGAACCAUAGUGAACAAAAUGUUGAUGGGGCCCAUUGUUGCGAAGCUGGUGCAGCAGGAGAAGCUGGAAGGGGAUUUCAGGUUCAAGCACAUGCAGAUCCGGGUGAAUGCCGAGCCUGCCGCUUUCUACAGAGCUGGGCACGUGGAGCACAUGAGGACAGACCGCAGGCUGCAGAGACUCCUCCAGACCCAGAGGGAGCUGAUGGUUAAGGAGCUCUGGUUGUACAUUGGGGUCAACACAUUUGACUAUCUGGGCAGCAUCCUGAGCUACGUUGUGAUCGCCAUCCCCAUUUUCAGUGGUGUCCUGGGAGAUCUGAGCCCCACAGAGCUCAGCACCCUGGUGAGCAAGAAUGCCUUUGUGUGCAUUUACCUCAUCAGCUGCUUCACCCAGCUCAUCGACCUCUCCACCACACUCUCGGAUGUGGCCGGUUACACACACAGGAUUGGGGAGCUUCGGGAGACCCUGCUGGACAUGUCCCUGAAGUCCCAGGAUGAUGAGCUCCUGGACGAGAGCGAGUGGGACCUGGGCAGGGCCCCAGGAUGGCCAGCAGCAGGGCCUGCAGACACAGCUUUUCUCCUUGAGCGAGUCUCCAUCUCUGCCCCCGCCUCCGACAAACCCCUAAUCAAGGACCUGAGCCUGAAGAUAUCUGAGGGGCAAAGCCUGCUCAUCACGGGCAACACAGGCACUGGCAAGACCUCCUUGCUCCGGGUUCUGGGUGGCCUCUGGGCAAGCACAAGGGGCUCAGUGCAGAUGCUGACGGACUUCGGACCCCAUGGGGUGCUGUUCCUGCCACAGAAGCCGUUCUUCACUGACGGGACCCUUCGUGAGCAGGUGAUCUAUCCCCUGAAGGAGAUCUACCCGGACGCAGGUUCUACUGAUGAUGAGAGGAUUGUGAGGUUCUUGGAGUUGGCAGGCCUGUCCAGCUUGGUGGCACGAGCAGAAGGACUGGACCAGCAGGUCGAUUGGAACUGGUAUGAUGUUCUGUCCCCAGGGGAGAUGCAGAGGCUCUCCUUUGCCCGGCUUUUCUAUCUGCAGCCAAAGUACGCAGUACUUGAUGAAGCCACCAGUGCCCUGACGGAGGAGGUGGAGAGCGAGCUCUACCGCAUCGGCCAGCAGCUGGGCAUGACGUUCAUCAGUGUGGGACAUCGGCGCAGCCUAGAGAAGUUUCACUCGUUGGUUCUGAAACUCUAUGAGGAAGGAAGAUGGGAACUGAGCAGAAUCAAAGUGGAAUGAAGCUAAGGAUGCAGCUGGUCCCUGGAAGGAGAGCCGGGCCCAGGGCAGGUUGGCAGUCCCCAGGAAACACUGGUUCACCUCAAGGAUCUGGUGUGGACCCAGCCCAGGUGUGGGCCUCGCUGGGACACUCAGUCCUGCCAGGACUCCUGCAGCCACAGCCAGAGUGCUGUACACCUGCAUUGCUGAUUACGUACAAAUGACCUCAGAUCAUGUUUUACACCUGCAUUGCUAAUUACUUACAAAUGACCUCAGAUCAUGUUUUCUAAAGAAAAACCCACAAGUGUGAAGUCUCUAGGAAAUGAAGGUUGCAAGUGGACCUAGUAGUGGAUUUGGAGUCAAGAGAUCCACAAAUCUUUUAAAUCAGCCACAUUUUGCAGCAAACGAUUUUUAAAUUUAAUUAACUAUAUAAAUAUAUA